AUGUUCAAAGUUGCCGUCUCGUCCCUUGCCGCUGGCAAAACCAUACUCUGCCCAGCAUUGAAUUACGGAAAGAGAAUUUCAUCAUCGUUGAGCUCUACUAAUUUAAUUACAUUAAAUUCAUCAACUCAACAACGAUUUGUAAGAGCUGUAGCCAAUACAAAUGUCAUCAUUAAAAAGAAUUAUAAUAAUUUUGUGGAGGGAGAAGUGAUAAAAGUAAAGGCCGGAUUCAUGAGAAACUUUCUCUAUCCAAACAAAAUUGCAAUUUAUGCCACGGAAGCUAAUUUAAAGAUUCACAACGAGUCUCUUACACCUGAGAAGAAGCUUGAAAUUCAAGAACGAAAGAGAUCCCUCAUGAAACAACGAGAGCAAUCACGAAUGAUGAAUAAAGCAACUGAAGAGCAAACCACAGAAAAGGAAGUUUCGACAUCACAAGAAUUCUAA